AUGUACUACUCAAUCAGCUACCUCUUGGACUGUAUAGAUGGGUAUGCAGCUCGCGCCCUGAAUCAAGAAUCCAGGUUGGGCUACUACUUGGACAUGGUAAUUGAUCGAGUAUCAUCUUGCCUAUGUCUGCACUAUGCCGCCAAAUCAGUGCUGGAAGGUAAUACAUGUUUCACAGGAACUUCAGCGCUCCUGGUGGCCUUUACACUCAGAUGCCUCAUGGUUUUGGUAGAGAUCAUUGCGCACAGCUCGGUGAUGUUUCUCUCUGAGGUGCUCGGAGUGCACCAAAAGCAGAUGGGCUAUGACUAUGCCAUCGUGCGGAAAUACCUCAGCGACAAGAAAUACCUCUUCUGGUCAUGCCUCAGUUUCGAGUUGUUUGGCUUGAGUCUGGUGGUGGAACAUGCUGCUUCAAAGUAUGUGAUGCUCUUGGCCUUGCCGGGCUUUGUCUUCCGUGCGGCAGCGAACAUUUGCAGAUUGAUUGCGAUCAUCACGAAGAAGGAGCUCAGGAGAUGGAACUCAUUACGUGAAGAUGAGCAGGGCGCAAGUGGCUCAAGUGGAUCCAGGGAAAAGGUGCGACGAGGCUCUUCAGAUCGUUUGGGUAUUCAUCGGGCUGCCAGCCCUCAGAGUGCGCAGGUGGUCCGGCGUCGGAGCAGAAGCGAGUCACAAUGA